UGUCGCAUAUCUCAGUGUCGGGGUCUGUUCAUUGUCUUAAGGGAGAGAGAGUUCAGCAAUAUUACUGCUGACUGUUCUUCGGAAAAGGGGACAUUUGAAGUACUCUUGCCUCAAGGGGAACUUGAAGAUUUAGCCAUCUUGAUAUUUAGAUAUUAUAAAUAGAAAUAAACACUAAAUAGCCUUCAGUGUUGCUGGAAAAGUUGAUCAUCUGGCUGUUCCUAAUUCUCAAGCCGGACUGACUUCACACAUCUGGAAUCUCUAUGGCAAGAAUGAUCUGAGAUAACCAGGUGGACCACAAAGAUGACGUCUCUUCUAGUCAAAAGCUGACAUCAUACUUUGCGAUGUGAGAGAAUGGAGAACGUAGAAAGCCGUGUGUCUAACUGUAAUGUUUCCAAUGGGUAUGUCAAUAAAGUCUUCAGUGUGUCUCUGGACAUGGAGAGUGAAACAGGGAUCUUGCAAAUUCGUAAAUCCAAGGAUCUUAAGGAAUCGUUGGACCUGGCUUCCUUUCAGAAUCCAGUCAGAGAGAAACAGGAACUGAACCGGGCAUCAAAAAGUACAGGCAUCUGGAGGAUUCUCAACCACCGGAGAAUUGCCUCUGACUAUGAGAGACGACCUCACUCCAUGAUACUUCCUGGGGAAGCAUCUGCCUCCAAGCUGUCGUUUGCUGACAAAGUAAGGGGUUUCAAAAAGUUGAAGUCCCCUUCUGUCUUCAGAGGCAAAUCUGGCAAGCUUGCCAGUGCCAAGUUCCAAAGUGCACUUAAAGCAGACACAAAUGAAGACAGCAGGAACUCUCCUGUUUUGUUACACUCCCAGAGGAACCUACUCAGGAAUAAAGGCAAGAGGCACUCAUAUGCAGGUUACACUACUGAGUUUGAUUGCUCUUUUGAGGAUAUAGACUUUACUACUACAAUUGAGAAUGAUCACCAGUUACCUAAAAACUCAGUUAGGCAACAAAACUGUUUUAAGGCUCACACGUGCCCAAAGAAAGUUCACUCGAGCUGCAACAACUCAUGUGCGACAGGACAUGAAGAAGACUAUGUGAAAGAUAGCCCCGGUAUACCUCUAGCAGGAAGACGGUCAAAAGGAGGUGAUGUUUGGAAUUACUUGAAAAGAAUUUCCUUUAUAGGAAAGGGAAGUUCAACUUUGUUGGAGAAGAGCUUUGACUCCAUGUACACACUGGACAAGACAAUCGACUCGGACUAUGGCUCUGUUGACAUAGAAUGCAUUAAAGACUCCAUCCCUGUACCUAAACAGACAGGUCCAGAAGUCAAAAACAGCCACUUUAGGGGGAUCUUUAGGUUCUUUAACAGCAUGGCUGAGACGGCUCGAAAAUGGAGGAGCUCAUCUAGACCCUUCUCAUCUCCUGAAGGUGAAUGCCCCAGUAUUGGCUCAGCAAGAACACAGCAGAUUCCAGAAUUUCUUCCGACUGGAGCUAAUACACUAAGGAGUGAAGAUGAGGCGUACACUAAGCCUGCCUUCACCCCCGACAUAUGUGAGGUGAUCUCACCUGCUGAAGUUUUAAACAGGUCCCCACACGUGGUGCCGAAAUCCUGGAAAGCAUGGCCAGACUCAUCGAGCACUAAUGGAUUCUCCGAGGGGACAGAAUCCCAACACACGUCCACUCACACCUCUCUGGCCACCAUCGAGAACCACCAGAGAAGCGACGGGCCAGAAGGAAGUUCUCUGUCUGAACCUGAGCUUCAGUUUGACCUACAUGAACAAAGCGAAUCUGAGUCGUCUGGCAUCUCAGAUAAAACCAAAGAACAGACCAAUUGUAAAAAAAGCGGUAUUUGCAGUGAUAUCAUUCCAGACUGUCCAGAGGAAAUAUUUAAGGUCUCGACAGGUGGCUGUUGUGUGAGUGAGGGAAGUCCAGGAAGCUUCAGAACCUGUAGAACAAUGAGAUUGUCCCUUAUGAAAAAGCUUUGGCACUGGCCUGCUUCAGACUAUGCGAUCAGGCCAAGCUUUCAAUGUCCCAUCAUAAAGGAAGGGGUUAUACCGUCUGGAUUGGAGGAGCACUGGACACCAGUGCUUCGUCCACCAGUCCCAAGGAUACCUAAACGUCUCAGAAGACCCUGCUCUGUCAUAAAGGGGUAUGCACCCAUCCAGCCUGACAGAAUGCCAACACAGCGAACCCUUUCUCGCCCUCCUGGAAUGUCGCCUCAAGACCCUCCUUUUAAAGUGGUCCUGCAUAGGUGCCACUCGCUUCCUCUUCCACAGAAUGCCAUGUCGGGAUCGAUGGUAGCCAGCUUGCUGCUAGAACAAUCAGAGUCUCUUCGACAAUCGGCCACUGUCCAGAACAGCAACGGCGGCACGAGUCAGAGAAAAUUGCUCAGACCUCGUUCUGGACCUCUGCAAGUGAAUAUGCUGAUCAGUGGAGGGUCCAUCGUCAGCGCUGAGGCAGUAUGGGAUCAUGUGGCCAUGGCUGACCGUGAACUGGCAUUUAAGGCAGGAGAUGUCAUUAAGGUCCUGGAUGCCUCGAACAAGGAUUGGUGGUGGGGGCAGAUCGAUGAUGAGGAGGGUUGGUUCCCAGCCAGCUUUGUGAGGGUUGAACCUCACCCUCCUCAACCCCAAACAAAACAGGUUUUCUAUAUCAACCCUAUAGCCACUCGAAGGUUCCAAAUCACAACAGCAAAGCUGUGGGUGAACCAGGAAGAUCGAUCCAUAGAAGCAGCUGAGGGCAGCAGUGAGGUCCAGAAUGGGCACCUGGAUGCAGGUAGUGACUGCCUCUGCCUGGGACAGCCUCUCCAGAACAGAGACCAGAUGAGGGCUAACGUCAUCAAUGAGAUCAUGAGCACGGAACGUCACUACAUCAAGCACCUGAAAGAUAUAUGUGAGGGUUACUUGAGGCAGUGCAGAAAGAGGAUCGACAUGUUCAACGAUGACCAGGUAAAAGUCAUUUUUGGAAACAUUGAGGACAUCUAUAGAUUUCAGAUGGGAUUUGUUCGGGAUUUGGAAAAGCAGUAUAACACAGAGGAACCCCAUCUGAGUGAAAUAGGCCCAUGCUUCCUGGAACAUCAAGACGGUUUCUGGAUCUACUCGGAAUACUGCAACAACCAUCUGGAUGCAUGUAUGGAGCUAUCUAAGCUGAUGAAGGAUGGACGCUACCAGCACUUCUUUGAAGCAUGCCGUCUCCUGCAGCAGAUGAUUGACAUCGCAAUCGAUGGCUUCCUGCUGACCCCGGUGCAGAAGAUCUGCAAAUACCCAUUGCAGCUGGCUGAGCUGCUCAAAUACACAGCGCAGGAGCACAGUGACUAUCGGUAUGUGGCUGCAGCAUUAGCCGUCAUGAGGAAUGUGACCCAGCAGAUCAAUGAGCGCAAGAGGAGACUGGAGAACAUUGACAAGAUUGCUCAGUGGCAGGCGUCUGUUCUGGACUGGGAGGGUAAUGACAUUUUGGACACAAGCUCUGAGCUGAUCUACACGGGUGAGCUGUCCUGGAUCUACCAACCUUAUGGGAGAAGUCAGCAUCGAGUCUUCUUCCUGUUUGACCACCAGCUGGUGUUGUGUAAAAAGGAUCUCAUUCGACGUGACAUCCUUUACUACAAAGGUCGCAUUAACAUGGACAGGUAUGAAGUGAAAGAUGCGAUUGAUGGACGGGACGAUGACUUCAAUGUUAGCAUCAAGAAUGCAUUUAAACUGCACAACAAGGACACGGAGGAGAUCCACAUCUUCUUGGCCAAGAAACUGGAGGAAAAGAUUCGCUGGCUUAGGGCAUUUCAUGAAGAGCGGAAAAUGGUGCUGGAGGAUGAAAAAAUAGGCUUUGAAAUUUCUGAAUAUCAGAAACGGCAAGCUGCCAUGACUGUGCGUAAGGUGACCAAACAGAAAGCUCUGAGUCCAAACAGGUAUACGCCCCAUUCAUCACCUUGCCCCCAGGAGCCCAUAGCCAAAGGACAGCUUGCAUCCACUGAAGACUUGGCACAAACCAACUUAUUUGAGAUCCAUCCACUUAGACAAACUCAAUUCCGGCAAAAUGUUGGAAGGUUAGCAUUGUUGAAAAAAUAGCAGAGAUGUUCACAAAGUAGCUGAAAUAACCAGAUGUUGCACUGGAGGUUCUCAUCUUCUCUCACUGUACCAUAACAAUGGAGAAUGAUGCAGGCAUUUUGAUCUUCAAACACUGACUGAUCCCUUCAUUCAUUAGCAGCACUAAAGACCCUGCCUGUUUUCCCGAAUCUUGAGGCAACAUUAAAGGAAUGCCUUGUGCAAAAUAGAGAAUCGUUUAGCAAUAUGGUAACAGUCAAUAAUUUCAAGGUACUAUCAGCACCUUUCACAUUUCUGGGUAAAAGGAUUCAAUCAAGUGUAGUCCAGAAAAUAUACUGACACGUAUCUAAAAAUCAAUCUGAUCUUGAUCCAUAGUGAGCUGCGCUAGUCUCGUGCAUCAAACGAUUGCACGGGCUGAAGUUUCUCUACAGCCGAUUUCUCACCAGUCAGACGAAAUGAAAUCGCGUUUUAUAAUCUCAAAGCAGGUUGAGGUCUUCGUGCAAAGACAUGUGUACAUACCGUACAUGCUUUCUGUAAGGUAACGCGCAAAUCUUUAGCCAAAUCUUCAACUUAACCUCACACAACAUUUAUGAGAAUUUUAACCAGCAAGGGCAGUUUUGAUCAUUUUUUAUUACAGAUGAAUUCAUAAGAAGAAGAAGAGAAAAAAAAACCCAAAAAAACUUAUGAAUUUGCAAUUUUGAACAGGGUAUUUAUUUGCUGUAAAUGAGGCUGGCUAUCCAUUUAUAUCAGUUUUUGAAGUUGUAGUUAAUAAAAGGGUUCCUUGCAAAAUAUUGUAGUCUGUGUCAACGUCAUGUUAAACAACACUGUAGAUUUAACCAGCGUAAAAAAAAAUAAAUAAAAAAAUGUGAAUUCAUGUUAUCUGAAGCACUUUACCUGAUGUUCAGUUAUGGUGUCUUGGUAGCGUUGUCAUGUAUUAAAUCACAAAUCAGUUAUAUACUUUUGAUAGUUGUUUAGUUUUUUUGUUUUGUUUUGUUUUGUUUCCCCUCGACAUUAGAUAACGAGUAUUAAAUGUUCCGUGACACGUGUAAGUGUGGUAGUAUGAACCUGGAUAACUGUCAGGGGCAGUGGAAAAACUCCUGGAUACUUCCGUGUGUAUGUGCACACACAUGCCGAGACCUUUCGCCAAACUCAGGAAUGAUUUAUGAUGCAAUAUUUGCAAUAAAUACUGCUGUCAUCCACCCAUACAUCUUUUCCUGGAGCCUCAGUGACAAGGUCUCUUGGCUCAUUGCUUGGUAGUUAUCAGGGGUCCAUCGAACCACGGUUACACGCCCACCUAGCAUACAAUUUGACCUAUUUUAAGCAUAGGUGGCGGUGAAAAUCAUCUGGAUGAUCAGAAUCGCUUUAUUUGCCAAAUGUACAAGUACACAGGACUUUUUAUAUGGCAGAUCUGCACAAGAACAUAUAAUGCACAAGCAGGCAAGUGUGUAAACAACAGCCAUACAGACCUACAGUCCACAUACAAUACAAUAAAUACAGCUAAGUCUCCAAUCAUGCCAUCUGAUGAAGGGAGGGUCAGUUCUGCGUAUUGUUAUAGAUGGCAUGUCACAGUAGGAGUGUCCAGAUGUCCUGUGUUAAUCAGUGUGACCUUUCUUUGUCCCGUGAGCGUCAAAACUCACCUCGCUCUACCUAAGGUUUGCCAGUCUGCAAGUCACACAGCGCACCUGUGUCCAUUUGACUGUGCUGGUUUUGUGAUCUUAAAACCUACACCCUAUUUUGGCGGCAUGACCAAGAACCCUGGUACACAGAUCAGAUUAUGUUGAUUUGCAUACAUCCAGGAUCGUGGAUUAUGCUAACCACACCUGACACCAUGCUUAAAAUGGGUUGGUUGAGAGUCACCUCCUUGGCCUAUAUCUUGUCCUAGGGGUCCCACCACCAGGAACAAGUAUCAAUCAGCUUUGAAAUGAUUGUUCCAUUGCUAACAGUAAGACAACUAAAAUUUGCUGAUGUUUGACACACUUGACGUUGGUGCAUCUGUAGUCAGCACUUGGGUCGCAUGCAUCGGGAUGUAGUGCUUCGUCUGGUGGGACCAUCAGCGAUGCCAUACAGGCGUCAACACCAGACGUGCGGCCCAGCUAGACCUGUUUGCGAUCUAUCAUGUGAGAUAGAAUGCGCACCGUGGAGUUUUCCAUCCAAAUUCCCUCGCAUCUUUCAAUCUAUUUCGGCCUGCAACGAAAAGCUACUGAUUUAGAGCCUGUCAGCAGCACCUUCGAGCUAUCAGGGACUGACCCAGACUCAUUUGUGGAUGUGGAUGAGGUGGGUUCACCUGCUAGAUUAUUGCCAGUUUGGAGAAAUCACAUAGCUGAAGACACAGCAUCUACGGACUGCUCUGAGGACUAACAAAGAGGACGACUAAGUAAUCUGACUACGAGUAGAGCUUUGCUGAAGGGCAUGAGUCACUCUGUUGUGGGAUCACGGCACCAAAAUAAAUCAUUUUAGCUGGCCAAGUUGUAAAAUCAUAUCAAAUGUAGACCGUUUCUGGGCUUUUUCCUGAUCAUUAUCAGUCACUGCUUGGCAGUUGGUGACUAGCAAGCUUUUUAGCCGCAGGGCAUGAAUCAGGAAUCAGACACCAGUUGCAUAAGCAUAAGUCUUGCAGCAUUGCUCUUUAAAAAACAAAACAAAAAACAAAACCCACACACACACACACACACACACACACACACUUCUAACCCAAGCUGAAGAGAAAAAUGCACCCAUUGUGUGGAGAUAAAACUGACUCCAGUCCAGGCCUACAUAUUAAUGGAACUCUAGCUAACUUAGCAAAACCACUCAACCAAGCAGCACACAGUUAGAGAACAGCGGUUAACAGCAAACUCAGCACUAACACCACAGAGCAUGUUGAGGGGAAAACCGACCGAUCAUGCUAGCGACACCCAGUAACAGGCUCGUUGGAUGUGAAUCCACCAAGACGCACUUAGCCACAGUAGGCUAGACAGCAAGAGAUGCGUAGCUGGCUAAUGUAGCAGACUCAGUAAUAAACAGUACAUUACAGACUCUAGAUGGUGGGGGGAAAUAAUAAUAAUAAUAAUAUUAAUAAUAUAAAGAAAUCAAAUUAUAGUGAAUAAUGCAUGGGUAUGGUAGCUUAUAAUCAAAAGCUGACUCGACAUAAUUAAAAGCCUCUACACAGAUAGCGCCAUAUGAUGCACGUGUGGUACCAAGAAGUGGAGGCUAGGAAAGGAAAGAAGGCUGAAUAAUGCAUCACUCUGUGAAAGGUCUCGGCUUGUGUGCACACAGGCACAACAGCAUAUCCAGGUGAUUCUCGCUGCCCCUCGAAAAUGCAUCGAGACGGUGGAAUAUCGAGUAAAAGUGUCAAUUUCAUAUCGGGCGAUGAAUGGAAUGAAUCCGUAUUGUGCUUAAAACUCAUUUUGCAAGACGAUUUUGUUUGUUUUUUUUUUUUGUUCAUGAUUGUCCAUUAAUUUGUUUCAGAAAUGUAUAAAAGUAGAUAUUUCUGAUUCAUUUUGGUUUGAUUCGAUUUGUUUUAUGUUGUGUUGUAGUAGUUUUAUGUUGUUGUUUUUUCUGAUGUCUAAUAGCUGAACUGAUCACUCUUCCCGUUCAAUGUAAAUAUGAAUUACAUCGCAAUUUAAUGUACAGACUGGAAAUGUAUGACCCGUUAAAGUAUACACAGGUUCAGGAUGAAUCAAUCAUGAUAAAUGUUGACGGACAUUCAUUUUUGCCAAGAAUAUUUUGUGACCCCAUGACUAUGAACAUGGACCGAACCUGUCACCUGAUGUAUUUUUGUCGACAGCCUCGAAGCCAAAAGAAGUACCUAGGAAAUCUCUAGAAUAUUACCUUUAGGUUUUUUUUUUAGAGGUGAUAUAACGAACUGCACAAUGUAGAAAAUGUAUUAUUUUUGUGGUGAUCAGACAUUAUUUUGUAUAACAUAUACAGAUACACAGAAUUCAAAGUGAUAACCUAAAAUCGAAAACGUUUUUGAUGUCUAUAAAGCACUGUUUGAUCUUUAUUGUUUGAUCUUAUUUUUCGUAUUGAUAACUGAAUUGAAAUGCUAUGGGUUGUAUAGUGUGCCACAAUUUAUUUUUUGUCCCUUUUGCUGGAUGUUUGCCUCUGUUCUUAUAGAUUGGUAAAACUUUGAAAGAAUAAAAUCCAUCAUUUGUAAGAA